AUGAUCGCCAUAGCGGAUGGAGUUUCUUCCAUCAAAAAUAGUGGAAUAAAUGUAGGCAAUUUUUCAAAUGAGCUUUUGAAAAAGUGCUUAAAUUUGUAUCUACACAGGUGUGUCAACAGUGCACUAUUUGAGAAACAAAAUCGAGUCGUGUUUGACCACUACAGCAUCAAACACAAAGAAGAGGAUGUGCUCAAACCAAUUGUAUGUAGAAGUGCCUGCUCGUCUAACUUUUUGGGAGCCUCCACAUUAUUGCUCUCAUCUGUGGAGAAAGAAAAGCUGCACAUUUGUACAAUUGGAGAUUGUCAAAUGUUGAUACUACGACUUAGGAAAAAUUGCCUCCAAGAUAAACGUAUCCGAGCGGUGCAGAGCAACAUGGGAACCAAUCAACAUUUGGGAAAUUCAUCCAAGCGGGAGAGUGCUCUCGCGGACACGCUGCAAGAUGGCACUUAUGCAGAUAUGUGUAAUGGCCCCCCCGAUGAGGAGACUAGUGGGGACCCAUUGGAUGCCACUGAGGAGGGGUUUAAAUCGAUGAGGUAUAAUUCGCCCAAAAGAUCCGCUCUUAGUACACCCCGUGUGAGCAGUAGCAAAAAAGAUGCUCUUGACCACACAGCGCAGGGGAGCAAAUUCAAGCUAAAAGAGCUGUAUGCACAGAGGAAGGAGCUUUACAAAAAAGACCUCUUUAGAGAGGGAAGCGGAGGUAAAGCUGCUCCGCACAACCAUGAGUCUGUCACAUUAUACAUGGAAGAGGAGCUAACUGAUGAUAUUUGUGAACAGUUUGAAGCGUACUUGGCUGAUAAAAAUUACAAAAUAAGAAAUUUAACCUUUGUGGUGAAGGAGGAAGAGGACGACUGUCCCCAUGGAGCUACACCCUCUGACACGAUUACAGGGAGUCAGUCUAAUACGAAGACGGGGUCUCUCCAAGGCCAUAAAUAUUCUCACACCACCGAGAGUGAUUGGUACGAAAAUGAAAAUCAACCACUUUCGACAGUGAGCACCAUGGAUGAAAGUGGGUAUAGAAAUUUGCUGCGUUUUUUUGACUUGGAUCGGACGGACAUUUUGGCCAUUGACAAUGGGGAAGAUUAUCGAAGGUGUGUUGGGGAAAGACCCACUGAGGGGAAUCACCACCUCGAAGUAGGAACCGCCAUGAACAGAAGUUGGAGUGAAGAAUAUAGGCAAAAGGGUACCCAGGUUAACCAUUUUAAUAACUACCGAUUUAGAUGCUUUGACAUGGAUAAGAACCGCUUCGAUAUAAUUUACAAAUCGAAAGUACAGCAACAUUAUUUUAAUUGUCCCUUCCAAAUAACGUUCAUGCCUGCUACUCUGGGUGGCUGUGUGGAGAGGAAAGAGUCCAAUAGGGGCACUAGAACGGUAGGCACAGAGGGAGUACACGCAAGCAAGUUGGGAGAAUGCAGUAGGGUUAAAAUGAGCACAUAUAAUGACAUCAUCUCAAAGUGCAUCAGGUACUGCGAAUACGCCACUGCGGAUGUAAAAAAUAAUGAUAUCAUUGUAAGUGGAAGCGAUGGACUGUUCGACAAUCUAUACGACGAUGACAUUAUGGAAAUUUUGUUCAAUAAUUUCUACACAGUUAAAUGCAACGAAUUUGUCCAGCUAAAAGAAAUAUACAAUUUUUAUGAUGAGUGUAGUAGUGUAUUACGUAAGGUGAAGGACACCAUUUCGGGAGACUGGCACAAGGGGAGAAAUCCGGAACGCACAUUUUCUGGUGUGAUAAAUCAGUCUUCCGAUGUGGAUGUUAAUACAGACCACGGGGAGGAGCUCAAAUGGAAAGGUAAACCAAAUGAGGUGGGUGAUGAGUCACCCGGUACUCACCGUUCUGAGGAGAAGCACCAUGCCCUUUUAUCUCUUGGGGAGGAGAAUAAUAAAGGAAAGAACGCAAUGAAGGGGAGGGUACACAAAUCGGAGAUCAUCCCAGAUGGGAAACAAAAAGAAGAAGAUGGUGAAAUGGAUGGAAAGGGGAAAAAUGCAGAUCUGUUAUCAGGAAAUAUCAACUCCUUCGAUUACACACGUGGACGACGAAAUAAGGAAAAUGCCAGUGAGAACAACUGGGAUGAACAAAGGAAAAAAGAGAAGGAACGAAAUUACUUCUUUAGCAAAAAGUAUAAGAGCAACAUAAGCACAGCUAUGCUUCGGUUGAAAUUUCCUUCUAAAAUAAAGAGAAUGUUUUCGAUGAGGACGAAGGGAGGGAAAAGUGGAAAGGGAAGGGCCAAAAGCGAAAUAGGCGAAUCAGAACGAGGGAAAGACCUCCCGAAGGCGGAAAAAAAUCGAAACGAAGAGCAACACCAGGAAACGGGGACAAAACCAAAUUUGCAGGAAGCUAAAAUGGGUGCAUAUAACCCCUUUGUCCAGAAAAAAAAAAUUGAUUAUGGCAAAGAUAACAGCAGUUGUUCUGGACAUUCCGGGGGGUCAUUAAAUCGGAAGGACCUCAGUAUUGGGGCGUAUUUAAAAAAGGAUGACCAUUUGGGGAGUCCCUCUGCAAGUGACGCAUAUUCAGAUGACAACAUGUUGGACAAUGAGGGUAACUCCAGAGGGGUCUGCAAUUCCAAUGCGCAGCGAAAAAUACAUGAGCCCAAAGGGGUAGACAAUUUUGAUAACCCUAGGGGCGAGGAUUGUGGAUUUACCAACGGGCCAGCUGACUGGUCUGGAAAUGCCUCUGGGAAUCCAACCGAUUUUGUCCUCUUCGACGAAAAUAACAACAUUUACUUAAACACGAAGAAGGCAUGCGAUGAGAUUGUGCAGCUUUCCAGCAUUUUAGCCAAUCAAGAGGUGAACAAAACUUUGCUAAGGAAGAGAAGGAAGAAAUACGACGCGCAUCGUGCAAAUAUGAAUAGUAAAGAAAAAGAUAGCGUUCCUGACAAUGCACACAUGUGUGAUGCGUUGGGGAAAAUUAAAAACGAUAAGCACCCUUCCAGGAAGGCCCCUCCCACCAUCUAUGAAAAAGAAACGCACUUAUUUGAUAAAGUUAACUACGACGAUAUACAAUCAAACAAGUCCAGAGAGAAAAUAAUUUUAACCCCCAUAUCGGAGUUCAUCUUUGAUAAGUACAAAAAAUACUUUAACAUGGGGAAGCCCGACGAUAUAACUGUCGUACUUUCCGUCGUGAAGGAGAACAAGUACAGUUAG